CCCGCUCGGCGCUGAGUGCCCGGGUGCCGCGGAGCGGGGCGGGGAGGCGCGUGUAGGAGAGAGGCUGGAUUUUAUCCUUUUUCCCGUUGUAGACGUGCAGGCAGACAGGGGUACAGGUGGGAGCCCGGGGUGUCUGAUUUUCCUCCAGCUGAGCAGUGCAGUUGCAGCGGUAGCGGUGAAAUCCUGCUCCUCCAGUGAGCUCGAGCCAGGAAAAUGGAGGCUGUGAUAGAGAAGGAAUGUAGUGCGCUCGGAGGGCUCUUCCAGACCAUCAUAAGCGACAUGAAGGGAAGUUACCCAGUGUGGGAAGAUUUUAUAAAUAAAGCUGGGAAACUGCAGUCUCAGCUUCGGACUACAGUAGUAGCAGCUGCUGCCUUUUUGGAUGCCUUUCAGAAAGUGGCUGACAUGGCUACUAAUACACGUGGUGGUACCAGAGAGAUUGGGUCUGCUCUCACCAGGAUGUGUAUGAGGCACAGAAGUAUAGAGUCGAAACUCCGGCAGUUCUCAAGUGCUUUAAUUGACUGUCUGAUAAACCCACUUCAAGAACAGAUGGAAGAGUGGAAGAAAGUGGCCAAUCAGCUGGAUAAAGACCAUGCAAAAGAAUACAAAAAAGCCCGUCAAGAGAUAAAAAAGAAAUCAUCUGACACACUGAAGCUACAGAAGAAAGCAAAGAAAGCUGAGGCUCUGGGACGGGGUGACAUUCAGCCCCAGUUGGAUAGUGCUUUACAAGAUGUCAAUGAUAAGUACCUGCUGCUUGAAGAAACUGAGAAGCAAGCUGUCAGAAAGGCUCUGAUCGAGGAGCGCGGCCGAUUCUGUGCUUUCAUCUCCAUGCUGCGCCCUGUGAUAGAAGAAGAAAUAUCAAUGCUAGGAGAAAUAACCCAUUUACAAACCAUAUCAGAUGACCUGAAAAGUCUUACCAUGGAUCCACACAAAUUGCCAUCCUCAAGUGAACAGGUAAUUUUAGAUUUGAAAGGUUCUGAUUACAGCUGGUCUUACCAGACUCCUCCAUCCUCUCCCAGUACUACCAUGUCCAGAAAAUCUAGUGUUUGCAGCAGUCUGAACAGCGUUAACAGUAGUGAUUCCCGGUCCAGUGGCUCGCACUCGCACUCACCUAGUUCACACUAUCGCUAUCGCAGCUCCAAUCUGCCUCAGCAGGCACCCAUGAGGCUGUCCAGUGUGUCCUCCCAUGAUUCUGGAUUCAUGUCCCAGGAUGCUUUCCAGUCCAAAUCGCCAUCCCCCAUGCCACCAGAAGCACCUAACCAGAAUUCGUCCAGCUCUGCCUCUUCAGAAGCCUCUGAAACCUGCCAGUCAGUGAGCGAGUGCAGUUCCCCCACCUCAGUCAGCUCAGGCUCCACCAUGGGGGCUUGGGCCUCCACAGAUAAGUUGUCUAAUGGGUUUUAUCACUGUAGUUUAUCAAGUGACCCAUCCGUAGCUUCAGUUGGUGCAGGUCCUUUCCCUCAUUUCCCGCCUGUCUCCCGCGCGUGGACUCGGGCUCCCUCAGCCCUCCUUCCAGACUACGUUCAUUAUUACACCAUUGGGCCAGGCAUGUUUCCAUCAUCUAAGAUCCCUAGCUGGAAGGACUGGGCCAAGCCGGGCCCGUACGAUCAGCCGAUGGUGAACACGUUGCAACGUCGCAAAGAGAAGCGCGAACCAGAUCUCAAUGGAGGAGCUCAGAGCGGGGCCCCUGUGACCCCUGAGGAGGCCCAGAGACCUCGGAGCAUGACGGUCUCAGCUGCCACAAGGCAGGGUGAGGAGAUGGAGGCCUGCGAGGAGCUGGCGCUGGCUCUGUCAAGGGGACUGCAGCUGGACACCCAGAGGAGCAGUCGGGAUUCCUUGCAGUGCUCCAGUGGCUACAGCACCCAAACAACAACUCCGUGCUGUUCAGAGGACACGAUCCCAUCUCAAGUUUCAGAUUAUGAUUAUUUCUCUGUGAGUGGUGACCAGGAGGCAGAACAACAAGAGUUUGACAAAUCUUCCACCAUCCCAAGAAACAGUGACAUUAGCCAGUCCUAUCGCAGAAUGUUUCAAACCAAGCGUCCUGCUUCCACCGCAGGUCUGCCAACCACGCUGGGACCGGUCAUCGUCACCCCCGGCGUCGCCACCAUCCGACGGACCCCUUCCACCAAGCCUUCCGUCCGGCGCGGCACCAUCGGGGGAGGGCCCAUUCCCAUCAAGACACCAGUGAUUCCUGUCAAAACACCAACUGUCCCCGACAUCCCGGGCGGACUGCCUGGCGCCCUCGCUGGGACUGAAGAGUGUCCCGAGCAAGGUCCGGAGUCUCCGGCAGCAGGAGAUGGUGGACAAGGUGUGACCAGCGUGCCCUCGUGGAGCGGACAGGCGUCUGUCAACCCUCCAUCGUCCAGCCAGAAACUGAGCGUGGCCGAGGAGCAGAGGCAGGUGGUUCCUGAGAGCGAGGGGGAGGAAAGCGAGCGGGAUGGGGUCGGCACCCUGGCGCCUGUGGGCCAGGCAGAGCUGGAUCCCGGGGAGCUGAGUCCUGGGGACGCCCCGCAGGGUGGGGAUAUGCUGAACGCCAUCCGGCGCGGUGUCAAACUGAAGAAGACAACCACGAAUGAUCGCUCAGCACCUCGUAUUUCCUAGGAGUGAGGAAGCUGCCAGAGUACCAGACGCCGAGAAGGAACUGUGAGAAACCAAUUUGUCUCUACCCAUUCCAAUCUGUAAUCAGUGAUUUUUUUUAAGAUACUCGGUAACAGACAGUCUGAAAGUACUCUAAAAGAGAAAACAAAUGAAAGAGCAUAGUAAGGCAUAAUCUUCACUGGUGUUUUAAUUUGUAAAUAUCAAUGAUUUUGUUUUCUUGCAUUUUUUUGAUCUAAGUUACACUUUUAAUUUUUUCUGAAGGUGCCAAAUCCCAUUUACCUUUUUUAUAACUCUCUUUGUAAAGUUUUAAAUCAUAGGAGAAAAAAAAAUGUUGAGUAGUUAACUUCAGCAAAGGGAUUUAAUGAAAAUUUGGCUUUUUUGCAAGCUUUUGUAGAGCUCCUUGUAAUAGUGAGGUUAAAAAAACAAAACAAUGGGACUUCCUACAGUUUAAGUCAAGCUGUAAGGAACGAAUCCUCAUUUAAGUAUUAAAAAAAAAAAGUUUGACAAGGAAGAAUAAAAAUUGACAAUGAAAGCAAUAUA